AUGGCAUCUGCUACUCCUUCACCUCUUGCCAGUUCUGUAGAGAAGACAAAUGGAUCCAAGCUCAGCCGACUUCUCAUCGAUGGUGGAACAACAGUUCUCAGGAGCAUUUUCAAUGGAUAUCAUCCCCCAGCAAGUCUUUCAGCCGCGUUGAAUGCAAACUAUUCAACUCUGAAUACUCUCUUAAAGAAACGAAUUUUACACAGAUCACAAUGGUAUCUAUUGUUUCCUCCAAGCGGUGCUCCUCCAGACUCCCAGACAUUUGAUAUCACUCUUUUAUUCCUUCUCUUAACCAACAUUUGUAGUCUCUCCCCACCCCAUUCAGGGUGGCACACCAAACCAAUUCCAAGUGACAACUCCCUUGAAGCAAAUCUUGCUCGCAUAAAGUUUUACCGCAAUGAAUUGUAUGGCCAUGUUACCACAACAGGUAUUGCUGAUCCAACUUUCUCAACUCUGUGGCAUGAGAUCAGUGUUGUCCUUGUUGCUCUUGGCUUGCGGCAGGCAGAAAUUGAUAGAUUGAAGGCUGAGCAUUGUGGAGAGCAAGAGUUCUUAGAUGCGUUGCUUGAGUGGGCUGAUUCUGAGGAAUAUAUAAAAUCACAGUUGAAGGACAUACGGGAUAUUGAGACCAAAGUGCUGCAAACUGUUGAUGAAGUACGGCAGAUUCAGUCAUUUGAUCACGAAACUAUUCGUGAAAGUAAAGCAAAGCUGGUAGAAGUUCAUCAGUUGCAGAAUAACUUGCAAGAAUCUGUCAGUAUUGUGCAACAGAAUCAACUUCAAGACAGUAAAGCCAUUCAAGAUACCAAGUUAACAGUUGAAAAAGUCUGCGAGAAGCUUCAAACUUUGGAGGAGGCAUCCCAGCACACCAUUCAAAAUUUGAAUGACGAGAAUGAGAUGGAUGACAUCAGGGAUGACAAAGUCCUUGCGAAACUAGCAAACGUGGACAAUUUAAAUGAAAUAAGACGCCAUGCAAGCAGAUAUGUUGAGGGAACUCGUUUACCGAUUCUUAAAGAAGUCGAGAGGUGGUUAGCCGACAAAAGUUCUCCAAAUAGAGUGAUUGUUAUUAGCGGGAAUGCUGGAAUGGGAAAGUCUGUAAUCUCAGCUGUCUUGUGCCAAAAGAUGUUAGAGGCUGGACGAUUGUCAGGGAGCCACUUCUGUCGGCAUAACAUGGCACGGCGAAGGAAUCCCAAAGUGAUGCUGCAGUCGUUAGCCUGUCAGCUUUCCGAAUCGCUGCCAGAGUACAGGAAGGCUCUCGUGAAGAAGUUGUUGAGAAAUGUGGGCGUUGAAAUUGGAGACAUGGAAGUGGAAGAACUGUUUGAAUUCUUGUUUAAAGAACCUCUUUCAGAUUUAAAAGAUCCAGACUCUAUCCAUCUCAUGGUUAUAGAUGGCUUAGACGAAAGUGAAUACCAGGGGCGUAAUGAGCUUUUAAAUGUGACUGCGGAUUACUUCAAGACGCUUCCGUGUUGGAUACGAUUUGUGGUAACAACGCGACCUGAAAUGAACAUCUUAGAGAAGAUUCAAGACUUAAAUCCCAUACAACUGAACCCAAACGAUCAAGAAAACUUGAUGGAUGUUAGGCUUUGCUUUCAAGAGCAACUGGAACAUGUUCUGCAAUCUGAUUGCCAGGAUACCAUCUUAGAGAAGCUUGUUGAAAAGUCAGAAGGAGUCAUGUUAUAUACCUAUUACCUGACAGAAUUCAUUAAGAAGAAUGCUGUGCGUAUGAGUGCUGCUGAAGUGAUCAACAGCGACUUGCCAUCAGGUAUUUCGUCCGUUUAUCAAGACUACUUCAAACGCCUGAAAAAUGAAAUGCAGAAAGAACUAGGUAUCACCGAAGAGCAAUUCUUCGAUUUUUUAAAUGCCAUGGUGGCAGCAAGAGAACCAUUACCUGUCGAGUUUGUCUACAAGUUGUUCCUUUCAAAAGAAUGGUCAUCGGCUGAUGAGCAAAAAGUACGAGACGCAGUUGAUUGUAUCUCGGCUCUUCUACCCAUUGAGGGCCAGUGCAUUAACUUCUUUCACAAGUCAGUCAAGGACUGGUUGGUUGAGGAGUCUACUUCGAGGCAAAAGAAGUUUAUUGUUAGCGGAAAAAAAUGUCAUCGCGUCAUUGCAAAGCUUUGCAGAGAUGAACUAGAUGAAUUGAAACUUAAAGGAAUCCAGAGUUCAACACUUAAACAGACAUCGAGGUAUGCCUUGCAGCAUGGUGUUCAGCAUAUACUUGAGGUAGAAGAGAAUGCUCGUCCGUGUAGCCUCGACGACAUUGUAAAGAAUUAUGUUUUGGACCUAGAAUUGGUCUAUGCAAAGCUAACUGUGAAGAGUACAGCAGCCACUGAAGAUGUUCUUUGCGUACAAGAGAAGGAAAAUACAAAUGGUCUGUCAAAGAAUUGCAGAGAAGCCCUUGAGACGUUAUUGUUGCUGUUGCGGACGCAUGUAAGUGCCCUUUCAAUACUUCCUCAUGCCAUCUUUCAAAUCUUAUUGAAUAAAGGAGGGCCUGAACUGUCUGCGAAGGCAUUAAGCUUGCUAAACACCAAGUAUACGGACUUACCAUAUAUGGAAUAUUUGCGAAAGAAGGAGGAAAGAACAGAUGUUCUACUGCGGUUUUUUGCUUCAGAUGCGGUGAUCUGCUUUGAUGUCUCACCAAAUCAGGACUACCUGGUAUGCGAGUGUUCGAAUGACACAAUUCAUCUGUGGUCGCUCCGUACUGGCCAGCUUAUGUGGACACGCUCUACGCUGGUAUCAAACAAUGUUUUUCAGGAGCACCUAGGGAACGCAUUGGAUUUCCUUUCCCCAUUUUGCCGGUCAGUAGUUUUCCAUCCAACCUUAGACCUGAUCUUACAAGGCACUCUGUGUCAGGGUUAUACCUUGGUCGGAGACGUGAAACCUCUUUUCCGUUCGAGCGAGUGCCGGUUCUUAGUUUGUUCAAUAUCUGGCGACAAAAGCACGAUGCUGACUGACUGUCUGGACGGGAAUUGCGUCAUCCAGUGGAGUCUAAAAGAUGGAAGUGAAAUUAGUCGUUUUACACACGAAUGCGAAAUUUUAUCUUUUGCUUGGUCUGCUUGUGGAAGACGGAUGGUGAUCAUCGAUUCUGACAAGUGCGUAUACCUCAUUGACAUGAAUGAUGGAUUUGAGACUCUAAUAUGUGCUUCAGUUUUGUUACGAUAUGUUAAGUUAACUCCUGACUGCCGGUUUUUUUUCUGUUUGGUUUCGGAUGACGAUGAACAUGUUUGGUGUCUGGGGCCCAAGCUUUUUUGUUUAGAUAUUGAAAGGAACAUUAAGUCAAUUUAUAGUUUGGAUCGCUUUUUUAGGACGGGGUCCUACCAGUACGCCUCGGAAUUUGAAUCUUGCAAUGAGAGUGGUUUCUUAUCAGGAGAUCCCUUUUGGUCUUCAUCUAUAAGAUCAUUCCUUUCUGUGGAUUUUGCACUUGUACUAAAAAAGCAGAUGUUACUAAGAGUUUCCCCUCUUAGUAACGUGAUUGAAAUGUGUCGCCUUAAUGACGUAAGGGAGUGCAGAGGUGAGAGUAACGAUGAAGCGGGACUAAGCAUAGAACCCGUUGACAUUACGACAGAGAGAGAGCCGAAAAUAACGAUCUAACGGAACAUAACCUACUAGAAAUCAACGAUAUGCUGGAACAGAAAGCUGAAAUCGAUGUUCUGUCAGGACAGAGAGCUGAAGUUGCUGAUCCAUCAGAACAGAGAGCUGAACUCGGUGGCCAAGUUGAACAGACAAUGGAACGUAACAACUCUACGGAAAAGAGAGAUAAACUUGAUGACUUUGUGGGAGAACGAACGGAAUUUAAUGACCCACCAGAAAAGAGGCUGAAACUCGAUGAACUGUCAGGACGAUUGGAAAUUGAUUCAUGCAGCUUAUCAGAGAAUGGAGCUGAUUCUUAUUCUAACGGGGGUAAGUUUCUAAAGAAACUGUGGUGCUGUGUCGGUGGGAGAGUAUAACAGGGUACUUAAGUAUUACCAAAUGAGUUGAUAACGUAAACUGGUCAUCGUUCCGAGCGUUAGCCCUCUGUCAAUCGCUCUGACGAAACGUCAGCUUUUAAACUCUUUACGGUGGCCAAUUUACGUUAUCAACGCAGUUGAUAAUACUUAAUUACCUAGAUCCUUAUUCUGUUCUCUCUUUCCUAGAUGAUCAGGAACAACAGGAACCCCUACUUGAGGACAUAGAGGGAAACGGUUUUGUUGAAGAUGAUUACUUUAAACCAUUAGUUGACGUUUAUUUCUCUGUUGAUGGUGACUAUCUUUAUACUGUGAAAGGUACAAGGAUCCAGCGAAUAAAUCCUGUGACUGGCGAUGUUUUAAGUGAAAGGAUUAGAAAAAAGGGAGUUACGAAUCUUGUGCCCGUCAAAAGAGGUGUCCUAUUUCAAAUAAACUUAGAAACGCUUGAGUUGUGGAACUCUGAGUUGUCUGUUUGCAUGCAUAGCUGGACUGGCUUUGUCGGGUUUGUUGAACCCUUAUCAGAGGAACGAGUCGCCUUGUGUACAUUUAUGGGUACCGGAGUCAUCAUUCUAGAUACAACAAGUGAAAAAAUUGUGUCAACGAUUGCAAAUCUUGAUGGUGUGUUUUUGGCAUGCAAUAAUAAAUAUGAAGUGCUAACCACCACUGAUGCAAAGUUUCUGCAGCUGCGGCGUGAAAACCAAGUGCUAUGGAAAAGUUAUAUUCAGGUAGAUCUACGCAGCUGUCCCAAAGGUGUUUUAUUUUCUCCUACUGGAGAAAACAUCGUCACUUGUGGUAGUACUGGCUCUUACGUCCUCGACGCAGUUUCGGGAAAAGUGAUUUGUCAAUUGGAGAACAUGGAUGUAGAUGAUAUUAAGUUUAUCAGUAACGAGGACUACAUUGUAAGCUUGAAUGAUCCAAGAGGUUUGUGUCUUCGAUUAUACAACGUUAUAUCAGGUGAUCUUCUUAGUGAAAUUGUGGAGGAACGUCGAAUUCGAAGUUAUGCAGCUUGUCCUUGUAACCGCUUUGUCGCAAUUGGCUUUGAAAACUCCAAGGACCAUUUUGAAAUCAUUCAAGUCAAGCUGCCAGGCGACAAAGAAAAGACGAAAAUCAAAAGGUCAGUUGAAACAAAGUUUAUUUGA